AUGACUGGAGUACAAACAUCGUGCUCAUCAUACAAAUUAAUGCCCCAGCAAGAAUCGAGCCCGCGACCGCUGGCACAGCAAGCAGGGAAAUGCCCAACGCGUCAAGUGUUCAUACGUGGAGGAAGAUCGCACUGUAUUGACAGCUGCAGUGCAGAAACCAUGUGCGGAGAGGUUAGAGUGCCGGAGUACCAUUUAAAUCCUUGCUACGUUUGUAACAGUACGGGACACAACUGUAGGGAGCUAGCACGAGAGAAGGUCAAGUCGGAAGUUUCGAAGAAUGCACUCAAUUAUGGCAGUGAAAAUGCUGAUAAAGGAAUUGAAGAAGAAGAAGAUUACAGAGAAGUAGAAGAAGAAGAAGAAUUCAUAGGCGUAGAGAAUACAGACUUCGUUCUGUAUGUCAGUGCGGUCGAGACGGACAGGUGUCGUCGCGGUCUGACAGUAGCUUACGCUUCACACUGUCAACAGGAGUCGGCUUUAGAUCGCCCUGUAGCCGGCCACGCGAACUUUUGUCCCGGAGAGCUGUCUACUAAGUAUAGAGACUUACCGUCCGUCUUGUCGACUGUCAAACACGAGAUGUUGCACGCUUUGGGGUUUAGCGUUUCUCUGUUCGGGUUUUACAGAGAUGAAAAUGGUGAACCCUUGACCGAACGUCGUCCGGACACUGGAAACCCACCGUUAGAUGAAGAAUUACAAAUCCACAAAUGGUCUGAUCGAGUCGUGAGAAAUAUAACCAGAAGCAAUUGGAUGAUUCGACAAGGUUACAUCUCGAGGACUUUCCAUAUGAUUGUCACCCCGCGGGUUGUUAAAGAGGUACGAGAACAUUUCAACUGUUCCAAAUUAGAAGGCGCAGAGUUAGAAGACCAAGGCGGGGACGGAACUGCGCUCACACAUUGGGAGAAACGUGUUUUUGAAAACGAAGCAAUGACAGGUACACACACACAAAACUCAGUGUUCAGUAGGAUAACAUUCGCCAUGAUGGAGGACACGGGGUGGUAUCUGGCGGACUACAGCAAGGCCACCCCCCUGCAUUGGGGGAGGGGGUUGGGGUGUAACUUCGCCAUGAUGUCCUGCAAACAGUGGUUGGGGUCCCAGCAUUUGAGCAACUCUACGGAUAAUUCUACGAUGGACGAUUCUAAUGGAACAACCAUAGAAAUACGAAGAAACCCAGCGCCAUUUUGUGAAAGGGUCAAGGGUGAUCCGCUCCGCACAGAGUGCUCUCCUCAUCGCAGUGCAGUAGUGUUGUGUAACCUCGUCCGUCACGACACCAUCCUGCCCAGGCAGUAUCAGCAUUUCGACAGAUUACCCAACAUCCCUCCCGGAGACGAAGCUUACUAUGGUGGGUCAGUGUCUCUUGCAGAUUACUGUCCAUACUUGCAAGAGUUCACUUGGAAACACAAAAAUGUACUCAUCAGAGGCAGUAGAUGCUCUUACGAGGAAAAUACACCGAAAAGUGAAGUGAACUUCGCCUUAGAGAACUACGGGGCACACUCGAAGUGCUUCGACCACAGCGAUCGAGUUUGGGAACAGAAGUCUUGCAGACAGAUACGCGAAUGGCAACACUGGGGCUCUGGCUGCUACAAAUAUAAAUGUGAAAGUGGACGAAUACAUAUUGUGGUCGGCAACUACACGUACACGUGUUACUUCGCAGGGCAAAUUUUACAAGUUAGAAUUAUCCAAAAGGGCUGGCUCCAUCGCGGUGGCGUUGUGUGUCCGCCGUGUAGAGAAAUGUGUGCAGAAGAAUUUGCUUCACGCAAAGAAUAUUGUAAAGUAGGGGAAGAAGCUCCCCCACCAAAUUUAUAUCCAAACGAUGUAUUAGCAUGUCGAGCUCCCGCUUUAAAGAACGCCGCCAUUUUGUUGUUGUCGGCCAUUUUGUGUACGUUUUACAUG